UCGGCAUCCACGACAACCUUGACAUCCGUGACAUACUCGACAUCCGCGACAUAUUCGACAUCACCGACAUCUGCAACACCGUUGGCAUCACAAACAUCACCGACAUCCUUGACAUUCUCGACAUCCGCGGCAUCCUCGACAUACUUGAUAUCACCGACAUCCUUGACAUCCUCGACAUCACCGACAUAUUCGAUAUCCGCGACAUCCGCGACACCACCGACAUCCUCGACAUCAUCGACAUCCGCGACAUCACCGACAUCCGCGACAUACUCGACAUCCGCGACAUCCUCGACAUCCUCGACAUCCCCGACAUCCACGACAUCUCCGACAUCACCGACAUCCCAGACAUCCUCGACAUCACCAACGUCCUCGACAACCGCGACAUCCGCGACAUCACCGACAUGGGCGACUUCCCUGGCACCUGCGACAUCCUCGACGUCUACGAAUUCCUCGAUAUCCGAGGGUACAUCAGCAACAACAUAA